AUGGGUCCUGUCACCAACCAGAUGCUGAAUGCGCGCAAGGAGAAGGACUGCAUUGCUUACACCACGGAACGCAAAUUCUUCGAUGAUGGCCAGACAUUCAUCAAACGGAGCCUGCGGCCAUCUGAAUGGCAAUUAAAUCCAUACACCGGCACAAUCAUGAUCCCUAAAUUAGGAAAUGAGAGGCUUUUAAACGAAGCAGCAGCAAUGAAAUUCAUAGCAGAGAACACGAAUAUUCCGAUCCCAAAACUACUCUGCUGUUUUGAAGAUGAUGAAGCCAUCUAUCUCAUUAUCGAGAAAGUCAACGGUAUCGAGCUGAGCAAGCUAGAAGAGAGUAAGCGGAAGAUUGUCGAGAAAGAAGUAGAGAUUCAUCUCCAGACGCUGCAUGAUCUAAAGUCGAAGACAUGGGGUGGUCCAACUGGUCUGGUUCUACCACCGUAUCGUGUUAUGCGCAAAAGUCAUCGUCUCCAAUGGACUAUGAAACCGCGCGAGACCGAGGACUUGGUGUUUUGCCAUAACGAUAUGUCUACUCACAAUAUCAUUGUUGAUCCGGAAACACUGAAGAUACGGGCGAUCUUAGAUUGGGAGUAUGCAGGAUUCUUCCCUCCAGAGUUUGAAGGAGCCUUCUAUAAAAGACCUGGGCCCUCGGUUGCGUUAAAAGGGGAAGAGGACGACGUAGAUACCCUGAUGGAUAUCAUGCAUGAGAAUGAGGUGCUGUUUGGCGAAGAAGCUGACACAGAUAUUCGAACCGAAGCAGCCCCCUAA